AUGGCCAAUCCUGCUCCACCCGUUCUGAACCUCACGGAGACUCCUUGUGCGUCGUGCGAUGAAGUUUCGACCGAAAAUGAGGAGAUGAUCGGUUGUGAUGGUUGCCAACGUUGGUACCAUAUCCGUUGCGUCGGGAUUACUGAUGCGAAGAAGGAAGGUACGUGGUACUGUACCGAAGAACCAUGUCAACGGAUCAAGAAGAAGAAGAGUCGCAGCAAGAAAAAUAACGAUGAAUCGGAUCGCUCCAGUGUCAAAUCCGACCGUGCGCUCGCUCUGGAGCAUAAAUUGAAUGCGAUGGAGGAGAAACAAAAACGGAUGGAGCAAGAGCUGGAGAUGGAGAUGAAGAUUAAAAAGAAAGAGAUGGAGUUCAAGCGAUCCAUUGAGAUGAAGCGGAUGCUGUUAGAGAAGCAGUUACGCGAAGAGGAAGAAGAAGAAGAAAAGCUGUUCCAGGAGGAGAUAUUGAAGCAGCGAAAAGAGCAGUUGAACCGGAUGAAAGCUAGGCAGCAGUCGUUCGCGGACGAAAUGAAGGAACUGGAUGAAGCUAUGUCGGAGACGAAGAACACCGAAAAGAAGAGAGCAACAAAGGACAUCGAUGCCGGCGAAGGUACUUCAGGAGUAAAGCCAAAACUGCGCCAUUCGAAGAUCGGAAAAUUAACGGAGCAGAAUUUGAAGAAGUUGAGGGCUGCUCAAUACGAAAAUUCGGAUGAAGACGAUGAAGAUGAGACAGCUGAUGAAAUGGAGGAUGAUCAAAACGAAUCCGGCGAAGAAUCCGAUGGUGUUUCGGAGAAAAGUGUAGCUACGAAGAACAGCAAGUCAACGAAAACGUCCGGUAGAUUGAGCCAACACGGGCUGGGGCAGGCACGAUCCGGGCCGACCAGAAUUCAACUGGCAGCGAGAAGUGGCGUAAGUAAAAGACUACCCACAUUCUCUGGAAAGCCGGAAGAAUGGCCGUUGUUCUACGGAAUGUACCAAGCAUCGAAUGAAGCCUGCGGUUACUCGGACAUUGAAAACUUGGUGCGGCUGCAAGAAUGCCUGAAGGGUCCUGCUCUGGAGAUGGUGCGUGGACAACUUCUUCUGCCGAAAUCGGUUCCGAAGGUUAUUGGAAAACUUCGCCAGUUAUACGGCCGCCCGGAACAGCUACUGAAGAGCCAUUUGGAGAAGGUCCAUAAGCUGGAACCACCGAAAGUGGGUAAGCUGGCCAGUUUCAUUCCGUUCGGCACGGCAGUCGAGCAGCUGUGCGAACACUUGGAGGCGGCGGAACUCAAACAGCACCUGAUAAAUCCGCUUCUAAUUCAAGAUCUGGUUGAAAAGCUCCCAGAUAACGACAAGCGCGAGUGGGUGCGCUUCAAGCGCGGGAAAAAGAAAGUAACCCUAAGGACCUUCACCGAUUUCCUCUCCGAAAUAGUCUCGGAGGCCUGCGAAGCGAACGUCAGCAUGGACUACAAGUCAACCGGAAGGUUUAGCAGCGACAACCGUUCGGGGAAUGCCCAAAGCAAAGCGAAGGAGAAGGGUGCGGUGUUCAACCACAGCGAAGAUGAUAAUCGUCAAUCCGGCGUUGGAGAACGAAGGAAUCUAAAGCCGUGCAGGGCGUGUCAGCGUACAGACCAUCGGUUGCGGUACUGCCAAGAUUUCAAGAACCUGUCGUACGCGGACCGGAUGAAGGUUGUGGAUCGCUGGAAGCUGUGCCACGUGUGUCUGAACGAACACGGUUCGGCGCAGUGUAAGUUCAAGCUGCGAUGCAACGUUGGAGAAUGCAGACAAGCUCACAAUUAUCUUCUGCAUCCGAUCGAUGGUGCAAUUGGUACCACAGCGCACAUUCGGACAAACAACGUCACUUUGUUCCGAAUGAUACCGAUUAGUCUCCACUGCGGAGAAAUAUCCAUCACUGUGUUGGCUUUCCUGGAUGAAGGUGCAUCGGUGACUCUGGUGGAAAGGAACUUGGCGGAUCGCUUGGGAGCAGUCGGAGUCCACGAGAAACUCACCAUAAAGUGGACGGCCGACAUUGCUAGAGUGGAGAAGGAGUCAAAGCGAAUGAAUUUGUGGGUCUCGGCUGUUGAUGCGGAUGAAAAACUUCUUCUGAAGACGGUCCGCACUGUCGAAAAGCUGAUGUUGCCUACACAAGCUUUGGACGCAAAGGGGCUUUUGCGGCAGUAUAAGCAUAUGCGAGGAUUGCCCAUCUCCUCGUAUGACGGACGGCCGGAAAUACUCAUCGGGUUGAACAACAUCCACUCGUUCGCCCCGAUUGAAGCAAAGCUCGGUGCAGUUAUUGAUCCGAUAGCCGUGCGGUGCAAGCUCGGAUGGACGGUCUAUGGACCGAAGCAAGCGAACGCUGUCGAAGCGAGCAGCGAGUAUCUUGGAAUCCACCAGGAAGUGACAAACGAAGACCUUCAUAAGCUGCUGAAGGCACACUACGCACUGGAAGAAUCGGUCGUUGGCGUACCGCGGGAGUCUGCUGAGGACGAGAGAGCUCGCGAGAUCCUCGAGAAGACCACGAGACGAAUCGGUGACCGCUUCGAGACCGGGCUACUGUGGAAGACGGACGAUCCAAGGUUCCCGGAUAGCUACCCGAUGGCGUUGCGAAGGCUGAAGCAGUUGGAGAAGAAGCUAGAGAAGAAUCCGGAACUUCACGUGAACGUUUGUAAGCAGAUCGAUGAGUAUCAGGAGAAGGGGUAUGCGCACCUUGCUACUCCGGAGGAGCUCAUUGGAACGGAACCCGAUAAGGUAUGGUACCUUCCACUAAACGUGGUACUGAACCCCAAAAAACCAGGUAAGGUACGCCUCGUGUGGGAUGCUGCGGCAACGGUGCAAGGUAUCUCCCUGAAUUCACAGCUGUUAAAAGGGCCUGACAUGCUUGUGCCGCUAGUGACUGUUGUUGUUGGGUUUCGGGAAUACAGAAUUGCUGUAGGUGGUGAUCUGCGUGAAAUGUAUCACCAGAUGAAGAUCAUCGCUCGGGAUCGGCAAGUACAACGUUUCCUCUUCCGGAAAGAUUCCAAGGGACCUCCACGCGUGUUCAUCAUGGACGUUGCCACGUUUGGAUCGACGAGCUCUCCCUGUUCGGCCCAAUAUGUGAAGAACCUCAACGCUCAAGAGUACGCUGGGCAAUAUCCGGAGGCAGCAGCGGCGGUUAUCAACCGUCAUUACGUCGACGACUACUUUGAUAGCGUCGACACCGUAGACGAGGCGAUCGAGCGAACGGAGCAAGUCAGGUUCAUUCACCAGAAGGGAGGCUUCGAGAUUAGGAACUGGGUUUCGAAUUCGCCGGAAGUUCUCCAGAGCCUCGGUGAGCAGAAACCGGUUUCAGCCGUCCACAUCACCGAAGACAAAGUAACGUCACACGAACGCGUGCUAGGUAUGAUCUGGGAUCCGGAUCGUGAUGAAUUAUCUUUCUCCACCCAACAUCGCCAAGAGCAUCUUCCGUACCUAUGCGGAGACAAACGGCCAACGAAACGUGCGGUGUUAAGCUGCGUCAUGGGCUUCUUCGAUCCGCUUGGUUUACUUUCUCCGUUCACGAUCCACGGAAAGAUCAUCGUGCAGCACUUAUGGCGUAGUGGCUGCGAUUGGGACGACGCGAUUAGCGACGAUUGCUGGGAAAUGUGGAAGCGCUGGAUUGCUGUACUGCCGGAAGUCGAGAACAUUAGGAUUCCACGUUGCUAUCUUGGAGAUUCCUUGUCGUCUGCGGUUGAGUCAAUUGAAAUUCACAUCUUCACGGAUGCCAGCGAACACGCAUACGGCUGUGUUGCGUAUCUGCGAGUAGUCAUCGACGGAGCUGUGCGGUGUAUUCUAGCUAUGUCUCGAUCGAAAGUGGCACCGUUGAAGCGGCAGUCAAUCCCGCGACUGGAGUUGAUGGCGGCUGUACUUGGAGCGCGGAUGAGUCAAACGAUGAUCGCUACGCAUUCACUGAAAAUCGAUCGAUGCAUACUGUGGACAGAUUCACGAACAGUUUGGAGUUGGAUCCGGUCUGACCAACAUAAAUACAAACAGUUUGUUGCGUUCAGGAUCGGAGAAAUACUGGAGUUGACACGAGCGACGGAUUGGCGAUGGGUUCCAACGAAGCAGAAUAUGGCGGACGUCCUGACGAAAUGGCAUCGAGGUAACGAUCUGGAAAGCGAUGGGGUAUGGUUCACGGGUGCACCGUUCCUGCACCAGCCCAAAGACCUGUGGCCGACUAUGGAGGUGACGAUCGAAGAGACGUACGAGGAAGCCAGGGGCCACGUGACAUUCCAUGGCGUGGUUGAAGUAGACCGAUGCUCGAGAUGGACAACGCUGCAAAGGGUGAUGGCGUGUGCGGUCAGGUUCAUCGACAAUUGCAAACGCAAGGUAGCAGGGCUGCCGAUAGUCACCUUGAAGGCAACAGAUAACCAGCAACAUCAAAUCCUGGUACCGAUGCAAUCGAUGCAACGUCCGCUCGAGAGAGAUGAGUUUCGAACUGCGCAGAUCAUCCUGUGGAAGCAAGCACAGUUCGAAGGAUUCCCAGAUGAGAUGAGCAUCCUCACCAAGAAUCUGGAACAACAACCAGAUGUAGUAAUGGAAACGGUGAAGAAGAGCAGUUGCCUGUACAAAUUGACUCCGAUUCUGGACAAAGAAGGUGUGCUGCGGUUGGGUGGUAGAAUGGAUAUGUCCGUCGACAUGCCUUUCGAUAAAAGGUGUCCAAUAAUUCUGCCAAGAAAGCACGCGACAACGGAGAAGCUGAUCCAGUUCUACCACGAGAAGUAUGGACACGCCAAUCGAGAGACGGUGAUGAACGAGCUUCGCCAAAGGUUCUGGAUUCCGAACACCCGAGCUGCAAUCCGUCAAGUGAUGAGCAAUUGCGUGUGGUGUAAAGUCCAUCGCUGUCAGCCGCAUGUUCCUAUGAUGGCACCGCUUCCGAUACAGCGAGUCACACCCUAUCUGCGACCGUUCAACUCGGUGGGUAUCGACUAUCUAGGUCCGAUAGAAGUGACUUUGGGACGAAGAAAGGAGAAACGAUGGGUCGCGGUGUUCACUUGUUUGGCUGUACGAGCGGUACACCUAGAAGUGGUGCGUAGUCUCUCAACGCAAUCCUGCUUGAUGGCCCUUCGAAGGUUCAGCUGUAAGCGAGGCGUACCACAGGAAAUUUUCUCGGACAACGCGACGUGUUUUGUAGGUGCCGAUAACGAGUUGAAGAAGAUCAACAACGACUGUGCGACCAGCAUAACGAACGAUAAUACCGCGUGGCACUUCAAUCCACCGGCUGCACCGCACAUGGGCGGUAUCUGGGAGCGGAUGGUGAGGUCGGUAAAGGAGGCGAUGAAGGCGCUGGACGAUGGGCGAACAUUGUCCGACGAGGUUCUGCACACAACACUAGCUGAAGCAGAGGACAUGAUUAACGCCCGGCCGCUAACGUACAUACCGCAGGAAUCAGCUGAGGAAGAAGCGAUUACCCCGAACCAUUUCCUUCGUGGGUCGGUGACAAGUGCGGAUCUGGUGGUCCAGCCAGUGGACAUUGCGGAGGCUCUACGAGAUACUUACAAGCGUUCUCAAUACCUGGCGAACCGAAUGUGGGAAAGAUGGUGCAAGGAAUACUUGCCGACAAUCAACAGACGGACGAAGUGGUUCGAGGAGCAGAAGCCGCUACAGAGAUACUCCAAGGACCAGACGGAAGAGUGA